AUGGGCCCCUGUACCGCCUCCUCAUGCUGCUGCCAGGCCCGUAAUCUGCCAUGGGCCCCCCGUACCAACUCCUCAUGCUGCUGCCAGGCCCGUAAUCUGUCAUGGCCCCCUGUACCGCCUCCUCAUGCUGCUGCCAGGUCCAGAGUGUGUCAUGGGUCCCUGUACGCCCCCCUCCCAUUGCUGCUGUCUCCAUCGCCACACUCUACGGCCUGCCAUGUGCCACUUUCAGGUCUCCGCACACUGCUGGUGGUUUCCAUUUUUGUCAUAGGGUGCUGUAUGGCCUCCCAUUGCUGCUGCCUCCACCGCCACACUGUGGCUCCACACUCUGGUUUUGGCCCCGUGACUGCCCAAAUGAGUGAAGUGUGCGGUGAUUCUAAGAUCGACGGCACUCAUCUGCAUGUCAUACUGACUGACAGUAUUAUUUCUCUUCCCCAGCAGACUCCAAGGGCAUUUAAAUUAAAGGUACAGUGUUCUGCACUAAUAUAA